AUGUCUGAGUACUAUAACAAUCUCGAAGUCGAAGAGCGAAAGAUAUAUGACUUGAAGCUGACUUUGAAGAACGGGGACAAAUUACCUGACCCCUUUUCUCUGAAUAAAGCUGAGAACUGGUGCAAUGAUAUUGGGAAAUUACCGAAUAUAACCUGGAGGGAUGUCACCGAAUAUCUAAUCGACUCUCCUAGCCCAUUUACGAAGGAAUCCAUGAAGGCCUACAAGUCUUUGGAGGCGUACGACUAUUUUGUUUGCCGCCAUGUUCAAGAUUGCUUUUACUGUCCAAUUGAUGAUAAAUGUGAAUUCUGCUAUGUCAAAUCCGAGGUAUUGCCAAGCCAAUGCCAAGGUCAAAAGACAUCAUUAUACAGAGUCUGGGUUUGUCUUCACAAAACCCAAGGAUGGAUACUGACUGGGCAUUGCACAUGUAUGGCAGGACUAAGCUCAUCUUGUAGCCAUGUUGCUGCUCUUCUUUUCAAACUAGAAGCAGCUGUUCAUUUUCAACUAAAUACACCAACAGCAUGCACUAGUCAGCUUUGCUCUUGGAAAGCAUCUAGAAAAUCAGUGCAACCAGCCACAAUAAAGUCAAUAGACUUUUCAAGAGCCAAAAAGCACAGCCUUCCUAACGUUUCAGGUAGUUUCCUUCAAGUGAACGAAACAAAGCAUUAUUCGUGCAGUGACCCAACAAAAACUCGUAAUCCCAUAUCAAAUGAAAAGCUGAAAGAUUUAUAUAGAAUAUAUCCACAGGCAGCAAUAUUUACAAGUUUGGAUGUCACUAGUUUUCAAUCAGUUAAUGAAGGCACUGCUUCUGUGACUUGCGACAUUGGUAGUGAUACAGACAGUGACACUGAAAAUGAAAAUAAUAUCAUUCCAGAGCCACUUGUAAGCUUGUUUGAUCCAACAGCUAUAAACAUGGAUGAAAGCGAAUUAAAGGUUAAAAGCAAGAUCCUUUACCAACAAUAUGUUGCUUCAAAUUAUCAAAACUCUUUUGACAAUCUUGAAGUUAUCACAAGGAAGCAAUCAUUAUCAAGUGCAUGGAGAGUACACUGUGCUGGGAGAAUCACUGCUUCAAUCUGCAAACAAGUGUCCAAGAUGCAGAAAAGUGACUCACUGAUUAAGACAAUUAUGCAGUACAGUCCUUCUUUGAGUUCAAAGUUCACUGCUCAUGGUAUUGAAAUGGAGCCAAUAGCGAAGGAUUGUUUUAUUACAAUCAUGUCCAAGAGUCACAGAAAUUUACAAGUUUUAGAAUCUGGCCUAAAAAUAAAUGCUGAUGAACCUUUCCUGGGUGCAUCUCCAGAUGGAAUUGUUACCUGUGAUUGUCAUGAAGAUGCAGUCCUUGAAAUCAAAUGUCCUUACAAAUAUAAGGAUGGCCUUUCGAAUUGGGAACUUGACAAAGACUUUCCUAUUGACAGCAAUUUUGCAAUGAAAAAAGAUCAUUCUUAUUACUACCAGAUCCAGCUGCAAAUGGAAUUGUCCAAUGUACAUUUUGGCUACUUUUUUGUUUUUUCUCCUGCAGAAAAGGCAAGCCUUUUGUGUAUUGUUGAAAAGGAUGCCAACUUUGUUUCUAAUUUGAAGCAGGUGUUAUCAAUGAAGUUUUAUGACUGCAUCCUGCCAGAGGUCGUAAGUCGCAAAAUGGACUCUGAUGUAUCACAUGAUAGGAGAUUAUAUUGUAUUUGCAAAAGACCAGAAUUUGGUAACAUGAUUUAUUGUGAUAAUCCAUCCUGUAAAAUUGUGAAAUUUCAUUACUCGUGUGUUAAUGUCACUAGAAAGCCUAGAGGACAAUGGGUUUGUAAUUCCUGUAGAACAAAAAAUACAGUGUGUUAAGAAGCCACACUAGUUCAUGCAACUGCUAAGAGGUAAAUAUUCUGCUAAUAAACAUUGGAUAGCUUGUUAAAGCAUCAUCAUUGCUUAGUGUUUAAUUUAGUAUGUUACAAUUCAAUUCAUCCUUGAUGUUAUGAAAAGCUUUGCUAGAAUAUUUACCUCUUAAUCUAAAUAAAAAGUAUAUCAAUUAAUAUGAAUUAUGUUACAACACUUUUGUUUAAGUUAACAGCUGCUGCAAUCACUACCAUAGCAUCAUCCAAAAGAUCAAUUUGAGUAAGAGGUAUUGUGUUCUGUAAAAUCCUAAAUUUUUUCAAUUGUCCAAUAACCCUUUCCACAUGAAUUCUAACAUUUGAUAGUCUUCUAGAAUCAUGGACAUCCUUUGCUGGUAAUUGCUCCUUUCCUUUUGUAAAUUUAGGAAUUUUCAGAAAUGACCCCCUAGAAUUCAGCUCAUUCUCAAUCAGGAACCCCCGAUCAGCCAAAACACAGUCCCCAUAUGAUAUCUUGUCCAAAAAGCCAGAUUGUAACGUUAUUUCCUUAUCUGAUACUCUGCCACCCCAGCCAGUAGAUAAAAAUAUAACAGCACCUGCAGGGCUGAUGGCAACAAGAUACUUAGUGGUGUUAUUGUGCUUAUAAUUAGACCAUGUUUGAGCCCGGGCUGUCAAAUUCUUUGGUCGUUCAACAAAUAUUUCAUAACAGUCAAUUAUGCAGACACAGUCACUGUACUUUCUUCUGAAUGAAGUUGGAAGAUUCAGACGUAACUCUGGACGACUUGGCCAGACAAUCAAACUUUGCAUGGCUUUAGAAAUUUCAGGCAGCCAUUGUCUGUAAAUCUUUGAUACCAUGGUUGGCUGUAAUCCAUACCUAUAGGCAAUAUCUUUGUUUAGCAAACCAAGUCUAAGUUUCAUUAACACCAUUAAAACGUGAUCCUCAGUUGACAAUGACUUCAGACAAGUUUUCACCCCUUUCACUAGACUAACCACCCAUAGGAACAAGUGUAGGUUAGCUAGACCAGUAAAAAAUUUGAAAUCAUUCAAUAAUCUAACUUUUCUGUACCCAAAAGAAUUAGCUUUUAGACUUUCAUUUUCUUGACGCAGCUUGUAGACUUCACAAUUUCUUUCAUUUAACUCUGCUGUUAAUUGUGCAAUUUCAUCUUUCAAAUUUUGAAUAUCACCAUUUUCAUUUAAAUUGCAUUGUGUUGAAGCUUCCU